AAAAUGUAGUCAACAGUGUGUUAAAGUGCUUGUUCUUUUCCUUCGACAAAAUAUUAAACAUAUUUCUGUUAUGUGUGAUUCACAAACAUUUUUGACAGGUGUGUAGAAUUUUAGUGUAAUUGAUUUCGUUAUCAAAAGUGCCCGUGUUAUGCGGUCCAAGAGAAAGGAUUUUUGGAAUCCUUGAAUGAAAAAAAAUAUAACGCGAAUGCGUGCUGCUAGGAUGCGGUUCUCAAUCCGUGAGGCCGCUGCAAGACUGACAUAGGCGAUAAAGAUAACUAAGAUAAAGAAAUACAGAAAACAAACAUUCCUGCCCGCAGACCGGGUUAGCGCAAUUAUAAGAGAAUAAUAAAUACACUGAGCAAUUCAGAAGACAAACAAGAAAGAUGAUGACCAAAGAAAAAAGACAUUCGUUGAGACUGCAACAAUUAUUUUGUUUAGUUAUUCUGCUUUUUAUAAAUCGGACGCAUGGCGCCAGCAGUAGAGAUAUGAAUCCAAGUUCUUAUUGUACAUUCCCAUCACAUUGGUCAGGCAGUUGGUUUCAAUCAGGAGUUCAGACUUCAGUAGAAAUUAACACAACACAUAUUCUGCAAAAAGGUUCCUGCGUCGAAUCUGAUUCUCGUGGCAAAUUUUUGCUCCAUGAUAGAGAAGAAUCGUGUUAUAGAUGUCUCGUUUUGUAUGAAAUGCACCCAACAGUAUUACAGUAUAAGGAAUCAUAUUGCGUUUCUAGGGCGAGUCUGGAUGACAUCUGUGGCGAUAUGGUGGGUGAUGCCCCUUUAUAUUCAAUGUUCCGGACGCACCCGCCUCCUGUACCUGUACCAUGCCCUUUCAGAGGAGCACCUUUUGCUUUUUCCUAUAAUAAGGGAAGUGGCGAAUGCGCUCAGCCCAUAUCAAGGGCAGAAUCUUGCACACAAGAAUCGAGGCUUUUGCUCAAGUAUCAAGCAUGUCCUGAUGUUCAUAACACUGAAAGCCAUGUUGAGGAGUUGGUAUGUUUAGCAUCAUUCAAAGAAGGCUCCAUUAAAUACCUUGUUGGCAAAAUUACUCAAGUUAACCGCAGAAUUGAUACUAGCACUCAUGAAGAAACUUACAGGUGUUUUGUUUACAAGAAAAGUCAUAGCAUGGGAAGAGUGACGUACGAAAUUGCUCAAUCAGCUGAUGCUACUUGCAACGGAUUGACAAGUAUGCAAAAUAUAAUUGAAGGGUCCAAAACUAUGAGACUGACCUCAGUGGACAACCAGCAUAAUCGUUGCAGAUUUCCCUCAUGGAUCACAGAUCAUCAUAAAUGGUACAGUCUGGACCAUUCCAGAGUGUAUCACUUUUCUCAUAAAAAUGCAACACUUAGGAUAUCUGAUUCAAAUAAUGAUCAGUUACAACAAUCGGGAAGCAUUGUCUCAGAUCCUUCUUCAUUAUCAGCAACCAACAACGGUGUGAGAGAAAUGAGAUUGGUAUGUCAUGCUAUUUUGCAAGCUGUGGAUAAUAAUCGGGUUCAGAUCAUUGCACAUGUAACAGAGGGAUGUAAUUCUGGGCACAUAUGCAUGGCAUUUGCUCGAAGAGAUACUGGUGUGAUAGAACUACAACAAUCAGAAACUGUUCGAGACCAUUCUGAUGAUGCUUGUCAUGAUUUCCACACUUCAAGAAUAAGACAUCAAACUCUCAUAACAUCAACCUUGCAGCCAAGACCUUGUCCGCAUGCAGGGAAAUAUUAUGUCCGGAACGAAAUGGUUUCAACUCGGAAGAAGAGACAGAAACCAGGUGCUGAAGAUUCCGUUAGCUCAAAUCCAUCACAGACUUCAAAUAAUGGAGCUGGUGGAGGUUCUGGCGCAGCGGUUGGAUCAACUGCAGAAGAAUGUUCUGAAUCUUCACGAAUGGUGCACUCAUUGGAAAUGGGGUGCUCAGCCACCAGCAAUGAAAUGCUAGUGUUUAGAUCGCAGUGCUCGGAUACAGCUUAUACCUGUCAUGGAAGUUGGCACGAAGCAGGUGUGAAUUAUUUAAUUGCUGCUCCGAUCUCACGAAAAUCGAAUGAUGUUCGUCGAUACUGCUUUGCAUAUACGCAUACUCAUGCUAAUGGUUCCAGCACAUCUCCAACAUCAGCAUUUCAGCAGCAACAAAUCAGCUUCAGUGGAAACUACCAGCAAUCUCAAUCUCAGUCUCGAUUGCAACCUCAGUCCAGCCAGUCUACUAGUUCUCGUCCUGGUGGAGUAGCCAUGAAGCUUUCUUUGUUGGCUGAGACUUGUCAUCGGGACGUCGAACUUGGCUCUCAGGGAGAGAGAGCUUAUAAUUUGACUGGGAAUGGCACAUGUGCAGAUCAUUCGAGCGCAACAAGGUGCUCUUCACACUUUGUCUCCAUGCUGUGUUUUGUUUUGCUUUGUGUCAUGUAUCAAAUAACAAGGUGAUAAAUUUACUUAUAAAAUUCAGUGAAGUGAACAACUAGAUUUUGUAUUCAAUUGCUAGACAAGUAAAGACAUGUAUGUGAUGUGUAUACGUAUUUCAAAUUGUUAGUAUGAUUCACAC